AUGGAUUCUGGAUGGCAACCCUAUCAGGAUCCCCUGAUGGGUCGUCCCGCGCAGAUGAAUACCGGAUUGGCUGCCCAUCCCCAGCAAGUAGCUUCGAAGUACGGCCAGCCACCACAGUCGCAGCCCCCAGUCGGAUACACCUACGAGACUUUUCAAACUCCUGGCACCGCAUCUAAGGCUCCUUCUACCGGCCCAAACUCCAAACCGGUAUCUAUGGCGUCGUCGCCGUCUGCCACGCCACGUAGUCGGGAUUAUGUCACCGAUGCCGACACCACCAUGGAGGACGCCGACCCCUACAACCGCGCCAAGUACUCAUCGCGAUCAAAUCAUCAUAGUCGCGCUUCUUCCCAAUUCCUUAACCAGGCGGAAGAGUCGUCGGCUGCUCGCAGAUACUCUCCUAUGAACGUCUUGUCGCCAUCCGGAAUGUCAUACCCUACAAGCCCCGGGAAGCAGGGCUCCUACUUCUCACCAGGUCAAAGUCAGUCGCGACGAUCGCCCGGUCGGACAGGAGACUAUUCAUCUCCACCGCAGGGCUAUCAUUCCCCGCCAUCGAAUCGCCCCCCGAGACUUCCACCCCUCCAGUCAUCCGAUAUGAGCCCCGAUCAAUACUAUCCUUCCUCUGCAUCCUCGCACUUGGGAAGUGCAUUUGCUCCAGGCGCUCGAUCUCCCCGGUCUGGCUCCUUACCAUCCCAAGUUCCGGGCCGAGGUCCGGUUCCCAAGUUCCAGAAGAUCAAGGCUGUGCAAGAUCUCCAACCGCGGGUUCAUGCUCAACCAGCAUAUCGACGCGCCAACCCAGAGGGCGGAUUCAUCAGUCCACUUCAUGCGCUCACAAGUCAUCUACCUGCAACAUACCGUAUCUGUAACCCGAAUUUCAACUACGAGUCCUCCAGAAAUCCCCGUCGUGUUUUGACCAAGCCUAGUAAGGGCACCAAGAACGAUGGCUACGAUAAUGAGGAUAGCGAUUACAUUCUCUAUGUCAAUGACAUUCUAGGCAGUGAGGAGGCCGGACAUAAGAAUCGCUACCUUAUUUUGGAUGUUCUUGGUCAGGGUACAUUUGGUCAAGUGGUGAAAUGCCAGAACCUGAAGACGCAGGAGGUUGUGGCCGUUAAGGUCAUCAAGAACAAGACAGCAUACUUUAACCAAAGCAUGAUGGAGGUUUCCGUGUUGGAUCUGCUCAACAGUAAAUAUGAUAAGAACGACGACCACCAUCUCCUUCGACUGAAGGAUACUUUCAUUCACCGCCAGCAUCUUUGUCUUGCAUUUGAAUUACUCAGUGUUAACCUUUACGAACUCAUCAAGCAAAAUCAAUUCCGGGGAUUGAGCACAACGCUUGUGCGUGUCUUUGCGCAACAACUGCUGAAUGCUCUUAGUCUCCUCAACAAGGCACAUUUGAUCCACUGCGACUUGAAGCCAGAGAAUAUUCUGUUGAAAAACCUGGAAAGCCCCAUCAUCAAGGUCAUUGAUUUUGGAUCUGCCUGCGACGAACGUCAGACCGUGUACACGUAUAUUCAGUCGCGUUUUUACCGUUCACCGGAAGUUUUGCUCGGUUUGCCUUACUCAUCUGCAAUCGACAUGUGGUCUCUUGGAUGCAUCGUUGUCGAGCUGUUCCUGGGAUUGCCCCUUUUCCCCGGUUCUUCGGAAUACAACCAAGUCUGCCGAAUCGUAGAAAUGAUGGGCUUGCCUCCAGCGUGGAUGUUGGAGAUGGGUAAACAGUCUGGCGAAUUCUUCGAGAAAACGCAGGAUGAAUUCGGUCGUAAGACAUACAGGCUCAAAAGCUUGGAACAGUACUCACGAGAGCACAACACCAAGGAAGCGCCGAAGCUGAACAACCGGGUGGCAUUUAUCGAUUUUGUGCGCGAGCGGUGGUCUCCCCAGCAGGCCAAAUUGCACCCUUUCAUCACCCAACAGAAGUUUACUGGGCCAUUUAUGCCCCCAAUGAACUUAAAGUACUCUACUCUCAACAAGACUGUUGCUCCUGGUGUCCAGCAACAGCAGCAGGCUGAAGCGGCCACAGACUCCUCAGCCGCAUCCCCCACCACAACCGCAUUCUCAGCCGCAGUUACAUCCCCAGCCGCAACCACAACCGCAUCCCCAACCUCAUGCGCAGCCUCCUCCACCUCCCCCAUUUACAAUGGCAUGUAUCAACAGGGAGCAGCACCACCGCCAUACCCUACCCAGCCCCCAAGCUAUGGUCAUCAGAUGGGCAUGGUGCCUGGCCCUGGUCAGGUACCGCCACAACCUCAAUAUGGUCAAGGACAGAGUCUGUACGCUCAAGCCACAACAAGGGCAGGUCGUCAACGUGCAUCAACCAUGGAUCCACAAGGAGGUGGGAUUCCCGCUACAAUUCAACGAGUUGCCAGCCACUUGGAUCCCAACGCUCCCAUCCGACUCCAGCCAAGCCCGGCCUACUACCCUCCUCCCCCAGAUGGCUACGUAGACGCAAAUGCUCAACGACGCCGGGGCAGUCGAGCAGGAGGAGGUAAUGGAAAUGGCAAUGGCAAUGGCAAUCAGCGAAACCGCGAUUUCAUUCGGACUCUCGAGGAUGGAGUUAUGGGUGAAGGAUACAUGGGGCAAAACCCGUGGCAUUAG